AUGCCGAGGGGCUGCGGUGGGGGCGAACGAUCGCUCCGCGCGUCUCCGCAUUUUGCAGAAACUUCCAGCGCAGAGCUCACAGCCUGCCCUUUCGGCUUCGCCCUGCCGUCCGUGGCAGCUGUACGCACGCUGCUGCUGUGCAUCGGGGUGUCUGCUGGGUUUAAUGCUUCGUCUAAGAAAGACAACAUUAGCGAAGCCAAGGCUCGUGCUCUUAGUGGACACUGUGCCUUGUCCUUGCAGCAAAGAUCAACAGAAGACAUCCGAGGUGGCCAGCACUCAAAGACUUCCACUGUUUGCUCAGGAUCUUACUCCAAAACCUCAGGAACAACACAGGAAUAUUUUGGCCCACCACCAGAAUGUUAUCCUCCCAAGGAAACCUUGUCAAUGAAGUGUUCAAAGGUAUGCACAACAAGAGGCAUCUUGAAGUUCGUGGAAAUCACAGUUAACCUGCUGGUGCUGAUCUGCGUGGGCGCUGCCCAAGCCUCUGUUGCAGGCUUCACCUCCCUUGGUGGCUUCGGAUCCUUUAACCUGAAUUCGGCGUAUAGCCCCUUCGAGGGCACGGAGCUCCGGGAGGUGAGGGAGCUAGACAUGCAGUUCACCCAGAUGAGAGCCCCUUGCGUGUAUGGCGGAGUAGCCUUCAGCCUAACAGCAGCAGUACUUACCCUUGUCUUCCUUGUUGUGGGGGCAAAACCCAUCCAGCAGCUCAGGGUAGGGCUGCUGGCCGGCGAAUGUGCCUUCAACCUGCUGGCCGGCAUGGCGUACAUCGCAGCGGUCGGCCUCUACCUGCAUUUUGUCAGCCAGGUGAACUCGACGGACGUUUGCAAGAGGCGCGAGAGGCUGUAUGCACGCCGUGGUUAUACCUCCAUGAACUGUGUGGUCCAGGGUGGCGACGCGGCCGUCGGCCUUUUUGGUGUCGCUGCUGCUUGUUUGUACUUUGCCAGCUUUGUGGUCUGCAUCCGUGCUAUCCGAACUGUCCGGGCCUUCCAGAGCCACAUGGCCAAGGCUCAGCACAGCCCAAAAAGCAGCAUUAGGGACAGAAGUGUCAGAAACCACUACACCACACACAGAACCUCUGAAAGCUCCCACAACGUCCAGGCUCUUGCCACGUUAGUAUGA